AGCGGGAGCUCUCACAGCCUCAUGUGCCGGUAAAUUAUGGUGUGCACCGCCCGAGCCAGUUGGUCAGCCUUAUCCGCCGCAGUUGUUGCAGCUGCACGCCAGCUGCUUCCACAGAUCUUCUGGAAGCCACCUUCAAAGGCAUCGCCCCACACCAACCCUGGUGAGCAAUACUGUACCGUAUCUGUGUAUGCAUUGUACUACCUACACUUGCGGAGUACACAUAUGAGGGGCAUCUCCCCAUUGCGUGGUUCUUAACCUGAAUCCCGGAGAGGGAUUUUGUGCAGACUCGUUGUACUCGGCCCGGCUUUCAACAAGCGUGGUCGGAAAGCGAGCCG